AUGGAGACACUUUUUGAAUAUAUUGAUAAUCAGGCGGAGCAAGAAAUUCAGCAAGUGUCAAAAGGUAAUGUAAUGAUGGAGGACUAUGAGAAUACCAAGAAACUAAAAUACAAAGAAGAUCCCGUUCUGCUGCGAGGUAAGCGCGUUUUAGAGAAGUUAAAUGAAACUCGACGACGCCAGGCCACAUAUCUCGCUGCCUUUCAAAAAACACGUACGGAAAUCCUAGACCGUCAUGAGCAGGAGCUUGGUUUAGAAGACCUUGAACGUUAUGCGCAUAUGGAGGCUGUACCGUCACAAGUGCAUGAUCUUUAUAAAGAGAUUUUAUCCUCGAAUGUGAGUGAAUCUGCUUCUGUCAAUGAGCAAUUAGUGAAGGCAGAGACGACUGAAAUUGAUAAAAAGCUUUUUGUUGCCAUCAAUCCAACCGAGCCUAUACCUUUCAACGAUCAAGAAGAUGAUGAUGAAAUAGAAAUAGGUGGUGGUAAAGUGAAUUUAACUUGUCCGAUUUCUCGCUUGAUAAUGAAAAGUCCGGUCAAAAACAAAAAGUGUGGACACACAUACGACAAAACAUCGCUCGCUAAUUACAACUCGUCUGACUGCCCUGACCUGCUACAAGAGAGACCAAAAACUCCAAGAGUUUCAUAA